CCAUUCUCCUGCGACUGCGCGAGUGCGGAGGUGACGCGUCUUGACCUCUCCCCGGCGGGAAACCGCAGAGCUGUUCCUUCUCUUCGGCCUGUGUUCUGGGAGCUGAAGGAAAAGCGGCAAGAUGACGGACCGCUACACCAUCCACAGCCAGCUGGAGCAUCUCCAGUCCAAGUACAUCGGCACUGGCCACGCCGACACCACCAAGUGGGAGUGGCUGGUGAACCAGCACCGCGACUCGUACUGCUCCUACAUGGGCCACUUCGACCUCCUCAACUACUUCGCCAUUGCCGAGAACGAGAGCAAAGCGCGAGUCCGCUUCAACUUGAUGGAGAAGAUGCUGCAGCCCUGCGGGCCGCCCGCCGACAAGCCCGAGGAGAACUGAGAGCCGCCCCGCCUGAACUCCGCGGGCUGCCGUCUUCCCGGCGUCUUCCGGCCUCCUCGGACCGCUCCCUGGUGCCUCCGGCUUCCCAGGCUUCGCGUGUAUGGACGUGCGUUUCCAGAGGUGUCCCUCCGACCUGCCUUCAUGUGCCCUUUGGACACGGCCCUGAGAGACCUCCGGGACCCGAGAACCGUGUGGGUUGAGAAGUCCUGGAUUUCGGGAAGCGUUGGGGAGGGCUGCGCUGGACUGAGACGGGACUUAGAGAAUGGCUUUUGGCUUGUCGAUGCCGUUGUCGCUGUUUUUUCAUAAAGUUUAGAAAUGGCUCAGG